GCCAGGCCGCCGGCACCUCCACGCGGACCAGCCUCGGCCGGCCCUCCCUGCACACUUUGCCCCUUGUUGGCAGCGAAUAAAAGGGGUUUAAGGAAAUACCGGACACCGUCAUCUCCCGCCAGCUCCAGCCUUUAAAUCCCCAGCCGCGGGAGCUCCCGGCACCGACGCUCCAGCCGGGACAGCGAUCUCGUGCGCCCGGUGUUGAGCAGGGCUCCGAGCGCAGCGCCGGCGCCGCACGCCCCCACGCCGCAGCGAGAUCUGCAACCGAAGUCCAUCUGGUGUCCCCCGCGGCUCCGGACUCAGGACUUCGCCGGCUCACCCCUGGGAAAGUGACCGCCGUCUCCCCGAGCCAAGAUGCCUGCCCACUUGCUGCAGGAGGAGAUGUCUGGUUCCUACACCACCACCACCACCAUCACUGCGCCCUCCUCCAGAAUCCUGCCGAACGGCGGAGGCAAGUUGGAGAAGACCCUACAUUUGGAAGAAGAUAUCCGCCCGGAGAUGAAAGACGAUAUCUAUGAUCCCAGCUACAAGGAUAAGGAGGGUCCACGGCCCAAGACAGUGUAUGUCUGGAGGAACAUCAUCCUGAUGUUUAUGCUGCAUUUGGGGGCCGUGUAUGGAGUCACCCUGCUUCCCACCUGCAAGUUCUACACCUGGCUCUGGGUGUUAUUCUACUACGUGGUCAGCGCCUUGGGCAUAACCGCAGGAGCCCAUCGCCUGUGGAGUCAUCGGACUUACAAAGCCCGGCUGCCCCUGAAGGUCUUCCUGAUCAUUGCCAACACCAUGGCUUUCCAGAAUGAUGUGUUUGAAUGGGCCCGAGACCACCGUGUGCACCACAAGUUUUCUGAAACAGAUGCCGAUCCUCACAAUUCCCGGCGUGGCUUUUUCUUCUCCCACGUGGGUUGGCUGCUUGUGCGCAAGCACCCAGCUGUCAGAGAAAAGGGCGCGCUGCUGGAUUUAUCUGACCUAAAAGCUGAGAAGCUGGUGAUGUUCCAGAGGAGAUACUACAAGCCCAGCAUCCUCUUCAUGUGCUUCAUCUUCCCUACCUUCGUGCCGUGGUACUUCUGGGGUGAAACCUACCUACACAGUUUGUUCGUUGCCACUUUGAUGCGCUACACCUUGGUGCUCAAUGCCACCUGGCUGGUGAACAGUGCCGCUCACCUCUACGGCUAUCGCCCUUAUGACAAGAACAUCGGGCCCCGAGAGAAUCUCCUGGUUUCCCUGGGAGCUGUGGGUGAGGGUUUCCACAACUACCACCACUCCUUUCCCUAUGACUACUCCACCAGUGAGUACCGCUGGCACGUCAACUUCACCACCUUCUUCAUCGACUGCAUGGCUGCCCUGGGGCUGGCUUAUGACCGGAAGAAAGUGUCCAAGGCCACCGUCCUGGCCAAGAUUAAGAGAACUGGAGAUGGAAGCUACAAGAGUGGCUGAGUUUGGGGGUCCCCUUGUGUUCCUUUUGCAAAAGCCGGCGGGGCAGAGGUUUAAUGUUCUGUUUAUUAACUACUGAAUCAUGCUAACAGGAUGCUAAAGAUGACACGUUAACCCAUUCCAGUACAGUAUUCUUUUUAAAAAUGCGAAGUAUUGAAAGCCAACAACUCUGCCUUGAAGAUGCUUAAGCUGAUCCGCUUCUCCUCUCCUCUCUCUUUGGUUUGUUCUAAUACCUUCCUUCCUCGUCUCCCUCUUUGCCUUCCAGGCAAGCAGCUGGUCAAUCUUUGAAAUGUCCGGUUUCCAAAGCUUUGACCACCUUUCUAUAGUGUAACACUAGUGGCCUUUGCCCCAGAGAACUCUCUUUCCUUGAGCUCUCAGGGUGGCUGGCUCAAGCUAGGGGGGGCGGGAAAAUAAAAUUUUUGACAUAAGGCUUUUUCUACGCCGGCAGGUCGGGGGAGAAAAGUCGCAUGUAUAGUCUGGCCAAUGACUAAGGAUGGAGAUGUGGUGGGAAGCCAGGCAAGGCGAAGCUCCUGCCAUGCUCAGCCCUACAGCCACCUGCCUGCCACACAACCUGCGUCCUUUCUCUCCCGACCCUUGGGUAGGACAGACCAUGGAGCUUGGCAAUGCUAGAACACAGAUUUUUCACACGUUUCAAAGGUUCCGUAUGGUUUAGGCUGCAGAUCAAGAAGCAGCAUUUAGCUGGUGGUUAGAUUUAGUCUCUGCUGGGAAAGGAUUCCCCACCCCCAUCCCACCCCCUUUAGCCUCCCAGGUUUCUCGUUUCAGCUAAUGGAGUUGGAUGUUUCCAAAAUUGGCGAGUCCACCUACCUGGACUCAUCAGAGGUCCUUCAUCGUCAGAAUGUUGGUCAGCACCCUCAGAGUUCUCAGAUGGCUACAGCCUUGGCAGCCAGCCAGAGCGGGGCAGAGGCCGGGAUGUAGGAGGUGGAGUUAGGUCAGAUAUACACGGUCACUUUGCUGGGAGCACUCGAAGGUUCUCUAAAAGAGGGAGGCUUGUCUACUCUCCCAUCACUGCUGGACAGGAGCUGGAGGGUGUGCGGGCAGUUCCUUCCGAAGAGAGAACUUUGCAAAGGAAGACCUCGGAAAACACAUGGAGAAGGCUGUGAGUCUGGGAUAGUGUGUCCUGAUUAGAAAGGUGGACUUCUCCCAGUGUGGGUACAACCCCCCCCCCCCCAAGCCCCUUCCUCUCUGUUAACAUCUAGCCUAGAGGACAGAACAGCCUAGGGGCGGGGUGGGCCAGGCCAGAGUGAGGGGAGAGGCGGGAACCUCCUGGUUCUUGAUUUCCGGCUUCUGUCUUUCUGGUCCGGUUCCCUCCCCGCUGGUCCUGCAGCCCCCUUUGUGUGAGUCCACAGGCAGUGGUGGCUGGCUGUCCCCACAGCUGCCUCUUCUGCAGGCGGCAAUGCUCAGGGUCUCCCGCGAGGCACAGUGAGUAAUGAGCGCACUGCUACUUUCAUUUGGCCUUCCGUGCCUCUGCCUCCCACCUCUGUUCCUCUGCCCUACUGACAGCUCACACGACAGGGCUGGCAACCCAACUAGAAACAUCCCUGGCUUAGGGAGGCGCUCUCUCCGGAGGCCAAGCCACGCCAAAUGCUCGGGUGUGCCAGUUGAGGCAAUCACGGUGUUUGCUUUCCGUCUCCUGUGUCUGGGUCAGAACCAGAGAGCAUGCUGGGCAGCCCUCCUGCUCGGCAAACCGGCCAGGUCUGGGUCCUUACUCCCAGCUGACAGGGCAGUGCUUAUAGACGGAGGAGGGAGCUAGUCCUUGCUGUGAUAAGCUCCCUUCUUCCCUGGGACCUGGUGUAUGGCGGUGCUUUUGCUGAGGCUUGGGAUUGGAGACAUCGUGAAACUAGCCUAACAGAAACUCUUUUGAGCAAAACUGCACCCCUUAUAUCACAGCCUUGGGUGGGUAAGAGCAUAGAAGUUGAGACAAGUCACCCAUGCUUUGCCACCCUGGGACACUCCUGUCCCUGCGCCUCAGGGGGAAAGGUUUUGGACUCCAUUGAGGGUGCGGUGCCAGGACACCAAAUGCUCGGCCAGCUGUUGAGCGCCAGUGGUUCCUGGGUGGCUGAGUAAAUCAGAGGUGACAGGAAGGAGCCUGCACUAUCGGCAUCCUUUUUGGAGCUGUUCAUCGGAACAGGAUAGCAUUGAAUGGAGAUCCCUGUCCUUGGACCUGCGUAGACCAAGCCCUUGGAAAACCGUUGGGCAGUUUUCAUUCCGCAGGUCAUCAGAUGUCCGCUUUAGAACGGAAGAACGAUAAUCAACGUUCGCGGCCAAAUUGUGUUCCCUGGAUCUGAUCCAUCCCUCGAGCCCUGUGCGUGUUUGGGGGGUGGGGUAUCAUCUGGGGAAGGGCUACUUUUCAAGAUUCUAAAAGCUCAAUUCGAGUGACCCAUUCGUGACCAAGAGUCUGCAUUUCUCACUGUCCUUCCUUUCUGGGUUGUGCUGACAACUUAUUUGGGUGCCUUACAUCUUUUCUAAUCAGUGUUGCAUAAGAGCCUACCCCUCAGUUGCAUCUGAGAGCCCACGGCAGUGGCUGGAGGACAAAGGAGCCUGCCUAGAUGGGGAAAAAAAAUUUUUUCAGGACAGCUAUUAGCAGGAUUUCCUUCUGCGCUUCAUUGUGGAAACUUAGAGCUGUUGUAUUGAGUGUCCACAUUUGAGGGAGGGUGGAAUUGAUUUGAAUGUAUUUUGAUUUCUAAUUUUUUAGAUUAAAAGAUGGCUAUAGCAUUGAAAAUUGAUUCUUCCCCACCCCACCACCUCCGCCACCCCUCCUUUCCCUUGGUUUGCUAGUAUCCCGAGUGUCUUCUCUGUAAGUGUAACUCUGAAUGGGUCCACGUGAGAGGUUGAAGACAGCAACGUGGCAAUGUAACGCUGGUGGUUCAGGCCCAGACCUCUCCUACCACUGUGCCACUGACUUGCUGUAUGACCUAGGCAAGUCACUUAACUACAAUGUGCCUCAGUUUUCCUUCUGUUAAAAUGGGGAUAAUAAUACUGACCUACCUCAAAGGGCAGUUUUGAGGAGUGACUAAUGCUUUUUAUAAAGCAUUUUGGGAUCUUUUAGCAGAGGAAUUCUCUUAAGUCCUGAGUAGUUUUCUAGCCGCUAUCUCCACCGUGAACUUGGUGUGUCCGUGUCCAGAACAGUGUCGUUGAUCUCUUUGGUUCUCGCCAAGAGAUUGAAUGGAGUCCAUUGGCUAAGUGGUGGAUGACUAGCAGACAGAGCUUGAGAGUGGCAUAAACUCGUCGCCAUGGAAACCGGCAGGAUACCCUUUCCUUGACUGGAUGGGGUUUUCCCCCUUUUUAUGUGGGAUAGUAGUUAUUUGUGACCUGAGGAGAAUUUUGGAAUAAUUUCUAUUAAUAUCAACUCUGAAGCUAGUUGUACUGAUCUGAGAUUGUGUUUGUUCAUAAUAAAAGUUGAGUGAAUCUGG